AUGAUGCUCCGUGUAUUCGUGCUGUGCCUCUUGGCGGCCCAGGCCCGUGGGGGUCAGAUUCCAGUGCCUCCUAUCUUCUCGCCUUGCAACUUCCCGUCGCCGAUCACUGAACCGACUUUUGUAAGUUCAAUAGCUAUAUGUAUGCAUUUAUUAUUCCUGCAAAAGUUAUGUUUUGAUGUCUUCAAAAGGGACCACUGCAGUUAUUUUUCCUGGUGACCCGCAUAAACUGAGCAAAUAGUGAGAGGUGGUUACAAAGGAGUUCAAAAAAUGUGGUCGAGUGUCAAAUUAUAUAUUCUUUUUGUUUUGUCCAUAGCUCAAAGGCUCCGUCUCACAAAUCACUCAAGCGUUCUCGAACCCGCAAUUACAGACCCGUUUCUCUGCACGUCACCGUUUUUAGACGUUAAUUCUCCGCCGGCUAUACACUAUGCUUUAAACCUGAAAAAAGAACGACGUCGAGAAAUGAAAGCCGCGUGGAAAAAGUCGGGAGGCCCUGCUUUCUAUUUGCAUAUUUAGCGUUUGCUCAUCCUUAUGAAACCAAUCAAGUGAAAGACAAUCGUCGUCUUUUUGUUUUGCUCCGUCAAGAUUUGCCGCUUUGAUAUCCAUAGGGUCUGUGCGAAUGAACGAAUGAAUGAGGAAGCGGGGCUACGCUUUCGUGAUGAGUUUUCGGGAUUAAAAUUUUUAGAGCGGCGGGAAGUGCACUCUGAGAAACCCUAAAUUCUGACGUUACUUUGUGGCUUUUGUGGGGUGAAAAGCAAGGAGUGGGCCGAAAUCAUUAGUCAUUUCUCUUAUUUUCUCGGGUUUCCUCGGGAGACCACAAGGUGAACAACAUCUCCGCGGCAAACGCAAUUUGUGCUCCCCGAAGCUCCUUUCUUUUGUAUCGCAAACGGAAAAUUAUUCGGCGACAACAAAAAAGACUACUCUUCUUUCUCUCUUUUCCUCUUUUCCGCGUGCUUCGCCCAUUCACCAGGUUUCUUGAGGACCCUUGUCAACUUUUCAAAAGGACUUCUAAUCUGAAUGGGCAAAGGAGAGCAAAGAAUUUUGACGAAUGUUUGGUUUUUGACAAAAAAAGCUUCUGCUUUCGACAAAGAUCCGAAUAAACAAAAGCCAAGAUCAUCCAUUUCCCAGCCGCAGCUUUUCAUCUCAUCAUUUUUUGCCAAAGCCUAGGGAUCCUAAAAAAAAACUUCGGGCGGUGCAUAAAGGAGUGAAGAAAAUGAAGAAAAAGAAGCAGAAGCAGAACAAGAAGAAAAUUGAAAAAUUUUGGGCAGAGUUGUGCAUCUUAUAUUCACCAGUCCAUCAAUUUUCCUCUUUCUUUUUCAUGUACAUGAACAUAGCAAGGCAUGUAAACAAAAACAGUGAAUGAAUGCAUUUCAAUGAGUCAAGCCAUGGGUAACGUCUCUCAAAAGGAAUUCCUGUGCCCGGAUGACUGAUUAGCACAGAAAAAGAUAUAUACACAUGACGGGCUCCAUUUCUGGCCUUCGUUGUUCGUUGCCACUUUGUGUCGAGGAAACCCCUCUGGAACACGACACAUUUGUCUGUUUUCUGAGUAAAAAAUAAAUGCAUAGUCUACCGUUGAGUACUAACUGGCUAAACUGACAGAAAAAAGGCAGAAAAGACAUUUCUCAUGCAUAUGAAACGGAAGGACAAUCGCAGACCUCCUUUUCUCAGAAGUCGCGGGGUCAAAACAAAGUAUUUGCCCUUUUUCAGCACCGAUCUGUCUGCUAUACAGUACCCCGUCUUCCAUUUGUUUGCGAUCUCCAUCACCAGCUCGCUUACACCAAUGUUCAUGGAAUUGAGAAAGCGUACACAAGGUACAGAGCUUGACAAACAAAUUAAGUCACAAAUCUUAUCAAUUUCCAGGUAUAAAUCACUUUUCACUAACGGAAAUGUCUCAACGCUGGCCAUAAUAAUCGGUGAGCGCCACGUGUGUCUUCCCUGCUAACCCAUUCUCGGAUUCCAGCAAAGCAGCUAGAACAGCCCGCAUCCGCUAAUGAUGUCAUGAAGAAAUCCGAGUACGCAUGUCUCUUUGAUAAUGAAUGCGACCAGAUCGACGGAGACAUGAUCACUGGGAUCGUCGGAAAUGUGAAGAAAUUCCUCAAGGUUGGUUGGAGAUAAACGUUGCCGACUUCCGAGUUUAGUCCAAACUUUUUCUCUCUAAAGUGGAACAGGAAGAGGAACUCAAUCAUUAUAAAACAAUUUCGUUCACGCUUUUGCACUCCGCGUGAAGUGGUUUGCGAGCAUUUGCAUAAAAAGUGGAUCAUGUAGGUUCCCUUCCUCGUUUUUGGGGAAAACACCGUAAAAAGUGCCGAAAGCAAACAAUCUCAGCUUUAAUAAUCACACAGAGUUGUACUAGCGAAUCCUCUGGUUGCACACCAAAACACAAGAUUUGCAGAUGUACUCGUGGAAAGUGUAUGAAAGGUGGUUCGGAAGCCAAGAGGCGUGCUCUAAGACAAACUUGCUAGCGGUAAACUACCAAUACUCUGUACUUUUUUGCAUAAUGCCAUGUUCCAGUUAGUCAUAAUUGACGGAGUUGUCAACGACGCCCGCAAAAUUCCAUACGUGCGACUUCACACAGGUACAAAGCCAACAAAGCCAGAAGACAAAGAUCGUGGUCACCUCGAAAAUUCCAGGUUCGCCGAGACUUCGUGUUUCCCUACCGAAUAUUCAGAGUGAAGUCAACAAUGCGUUGGUGCAAGGUACGUGCUGUGACACUCCUUUCGGGACCAACCAAUGUUUUAGGUUGGCCACUUGUAAAAGUCAUCGAGGAUCUUGUUGACGACGUAGGAUACGCAUUGAAAGAGUAUUAUGAGCUUAAUGGGGAACAAAGAGAUCACUCAGUUCCGUUGUAAGCAACCCCAAUAUUGUUGGUCUCUUUGUAGCAAAGUAUUUCAGAUGGGCUCGCAACCUCUUCUUAAUCUGUCUGGCUCUUGUGGUCACAGCUCUUCUGGUCGAGUGGUAUGUAGUACGAAGAAAGAUUGGAGUGCAGAAGAGUGGAUCCAUCAAAAUCGCCUCUGGAAAGAGCAAGACUCAUCUCAUGUUCUAG